AUGGACGAAGCUGCAGCGGAAGAAGGGGCGGUGAUCUCCGUGGCAAGGGGUGGGGAAGAAGGAGGGGAGAAGGAGAGGCAGAAACCGCAGGCGGACGACGGCAGAGAAAAUGGCGGUGGUGGGGUGGACUUUUCUGGUCUGCUGCUGUCGCCAGCGGUGGUGCGCGGCCUCACCCAGGCGGGCUACCUCCGCCCCUCACCCAUCCAGCUCCGUGCCAUCCCCAUCGCCCGCUGCGGCGUUGACGUGAUCGGCCAGGCCCAGUCGGGUACCGGCAAGACCUGCGUGUUCGGGGUGGUGGCCGUCGAGGCCGUCUCCGCCGACCUGCCCGCGCUCCAGGCCCUCCUGCUCGCGCCCACCCGCGAGAUCGCCCUCCAGACCCUCGCCGUCGUGCGCGCCCUCGGGAAGUACGUGAAGGGCCUGCGGUGCGAGGCGUUUGUGGGCGGCACGCCGCAGGCGCUGGACCCGCCGCGCCUGCGAGCGACGCACAUCGCCGUGGCCACGCCCGGCCGGGCGCGCGCCCUGCUGGCCGAUGGCGUGGAGGCCCAGCGCGUACGGGUGGUGGUCCUGGACGAAGCCGACAAACUUCUCGACACCAACCUGCGCGAACAGACAUUAGACAUUCUGGGCGUGUUGCCGCAGGCGAAGCAGGUGCUGGCCUUCUCGGCGACCUACCGCGCGGACCUGCUCGACACGCUCCACGGGCUGAUGCGCAGCCCGCAGCACAUCAUCCUCUCCACCGACACACUCACCGUCAAAGACAUUCGGCAGUACUACGCGGUGGUGCCGGGCAAGGGGACGCCGUUCAUGGUGUUCAACGAGAAGGCCAAGACGCUCAUGAACCUCUUCGACAAGCUGCCCUUCCAACAGGCCCUCGUUUUCACCAACGACAAAGCACGGGGCCAGCAAUUGGCGGAUCGACUGAGCGACCGGGGCUGGCCGGCCGCGUUCCUCGCGGGCGCGCAGCUGCAGCACAUCCGCGCCCACACCAUGGCCGCCUUCCGCGAGGUCAAGCUCCGCAUCCUCGUCUCCACCGACCUCGUGGCGCGUGGAGUGGACGUGGAACGGAUCAACCUGGUGGUCAACCUGGACGUGCCGUACGAUGCCGAGACCUACCUCCACCGCGUCGGCCGCACCGGGCGCUUCGGCGCUCAGGGAGUGGCGGUGACGCUGGUCACGGAGAAGGAAAGGCCCGAACUUCUUUCCCUCGCCGCAGCCACGGGCGCGGCUCCGGAGCCAUUGCCGCGGGAGCUGGGCGGACCUGCUCCCGCGACGGCCGCCACCGAGCGUCCAGCGACAGCCAAGUCGGCGGCAGCAGCGGACAGCGAGCGAGCGCACCGACGCCACAUGCGGCCAAGGGACCGGCAGAGGAGAGCGAAGGCGAAGAAGACGGAGACGAAGAUGAAGAAUCUGUGA